AUGGCACCUCGCAUGCUUAUUUCUGGCCUACUGGCUACGGCCAGCUUUGUUCUGCCGGCCGCAGCUCAGCUGUCAGGAACAGUUGGGCCGACUACCACCACUUCUGCGAAGCAGUCCACCAAGCAAUGCAGUAUCUUGGACUACGGCGGAGUUGCAGAUGCAUCCACAGACAACGGUGAUGCUAUUGCCAAGGCAUGGGCAGCCUGCGCCUCAGGCGGUGAAGUGCUUAUUCCCGAGGGAGACUACGGCAUGGCAACUUGGGUGAAGUUGUCUGGAGGCACAGGCACGAGCAUCAACCUUGAGGGAACCAUCUACCGAACGGGCUCGGACUCUGGCAACAUGUUCAUGAUCGAGCACUCCACCGACUUCGAGUUUUAUAGCGCUUCUUCCAAGGGUGCAAUCCAGGGCUACGGCUAUGAAUUCCACAAGAAUGGUGAAUAUGGAGCACGUCUUUUGCGCCUCUACGACGUCCAGGACUUCUCUGUUCAUGACGUGAUCCUCGUCGAUGCUCCGCAAUUUCACCUGUCCAUCGACACUUGCACGAAUGGCGAGAUCUACAAUAUGGUGAUCCAUGGAGGUUACGAAGGUGGUCUUGAUGGCAUCGAUGUUUGGGGCUCGAACAUUCACAUACAUGAUAUAGAAGUGUCUAACAAAGAUGAGUGUGUGACGGUCAAAGACCCCUCUGAUCAUCUCUUGAUUGAACAAGUUCACUGCAACUGGAGUGGUGGCUGUGCUAUGGGCUCGCUGGCUACUGGUAUUGACAUCCACGACAUUGAGUAUAACUACAUCUACACGCAUCAUUCCAACCAGAUGUACAUGAUUAAAUCGAACGGUGGCAGCGGCGAUGUCAAGAAUCUGGCCUUCAACAACUUCAUGGGUCACUCGAACGCCUAUACACUCGACUUUGACACGGCUUGGGCGAGCAUGAGUGUCGCAGAUGGCGACGGUAUCAACUAUUCCAACAUCUCUUUCUCGGGCUGGUCCGGCACGUGCGCCGAUGGUACAGAGCGGGGCCCGAUCAAGAUGAACUGCCCGGAAGCCGUGCCUUGCACUGAUAUUACUAUCGAAGACUUCGACGUCUGGACCGACUCUGGAGAUGAGGUCUUGUAUGGGUGCCAGAACGCAUACGGUCAAGGAGCUUGCCUCAACACCGCCGAUGCCACCACUGCGUACAGCUCAACGCAGACCAUCACAACGUCCGGCUCUGCCGCCUACUCCACCAUGGACAACGAGCUCACCACUGGUUACGACAUCUCUUCCUCGAUCCCCAUCCCCACCAUGCCUGCCUCCUUCUACCCCGGCAGACAGCCCAUCAGUGCUAUCCUGAACGGCGCGGGCUCCUCUGCGGACACCAAGAACAAUGCUGUUUCCCAGGCCAGUGCCAGCUCUGCUACCCCUGUUGCCUCUUCCGGGAACGUGGGUGCUAGCGGUUACGCCCCGAGCCUGCCAUCCGCAACUGGCUUUGCUACCAGAUACUCCUCCGCUGCCGCUGCGCAGCCCUCCGCGGGCGGCCAGGGCUGGGGCCAGGACUGGGGCUCCUUCGGCGGCGGAUGGGGCCAGGGCAAAGCGGUCGCUGAUGCCUCGGCGUCCUCACCUACCACGACGGCCAAGCCCGACUGCAAGAAGUCUGCCAAGCUUCGACGAAACUAG